AUGAGCGAACCGCGUGCGUUGGAUUUCUGGAAUCGGCUGUGCUCGAUCGCGGCCGACGCCCUGUAUGUUGAGUGCCAGCGGCGAGAGCUGGCACGGGUCCUUGGCAACGCCGCCGGAUCGGGCUUUGUGACUUUGCCGAACAUGCGAUGUGGCGGGUGGUAUGCCCGUCCUCGAGGGCCGGACUCCGGGGCGUCGGCACCCCUGCCAGUGGCUUACUUCCAGUCGAAGGACGGUCACCAUGGCCAGUGGACGGUGUCCCCGCGCAGGGCAAACCUCGGUGUGCUGGACCUGGCCGCCGGGCCGCUGGGUGGGUGUUUGUUGGUGGACGCGACGGCGAGCGCGCGCAAGGUCACCAGCGAUGCCCUGGCCAAGACGGUGCCCUUUUGGUGUGCGGUCAUGAACCGCACCGCGAUGCUGCUGGGUCUCGGUUGCCGGGGCGAGUGUCCGGCAUCGGGCUGCCCCGACGGGCCACCGACCUGCGAGUGUCUGCCGGAUCUGCCCGGUGGCCAGUCCCCCCAGCCGGGCCCAUUGGCAUGGGACUACGCCAGCCACCCGCUGGCCGAGCUGCACACGCAUCCCUCCAUCGAGCCCACCGAGCGGGAUCUCAUGCGCCGGGCCGUGCCGGCGGUGUCCCGACGGCUGAUUGGCAGCGCCCGGGCGCUGGUCGGGCUGGAGGACCCGCUUCAGCGCAUCCUCCGGGCGCUGGCCAGACGCCCGUUGGUGUCGACCUGGCUCGAUGCCCCGGGGCACUUUUCCGAGGCCCUGGCCGCCGGGGGCCCCCACCCCGCGGACGCUUACUGGACCCUCUGGUGUCUCGGGGCGUCGGGGUCCGAGCGCCCGGCCACCGAGGCGCUGGCCCGGCACUUGGCCCCGGGGCCCGAGGCGCUGGAUCCAGAGGACGCAGCUGUGGCUGCCCUGCUGCUAGACGGGCCAGGCCUGGCGUAUGACCAUGUCCGCGGGGCCGGAGACGACCACGAGCUUUGGUCGGACUUCUUCACCCCGGAGCUCUGGUGGGCGCACCGUCUCGAGCUGCUGGCCGCCGGGCCGGGCGGAUGCCUUCGCCUGGCUCGGCAGUUGGAGCUGGCGCGCCGUGUGCCAGCCACAUUGGCCGGCUUGGAGCCUGCCACGACGCUCGGGCCCGGGUCUGGUGAUGGUGAUGGUGAUGCUGCGGCUGCCCCUGCGGAUGUCUUGACCGAAGGCCGCUCCCGGUGUGCGGCUCCUUCGGGUCCCAUCCUAACCCCCUUGGACACCCUGCUGGCCGGUGUGACCAUCGGCCCAGCCGAGUAUCUGACCGCCGGGGAUCCGGCGGCCGGCACGUCCGACCGCCGGGUGCGCACCUGUCUGGCCGAUCGCCAGGCCUCGCCCGGGAUCGAACCCCCGCUGGGCGACAUUCACUUUUCAGUAACCAGCCAUGACCCGGCAGCUGUGCUGCUGUCUGCUCCGGCCCGAGGGGCGAUUGGCUGCGCGGCCGCAACGGCGCUGGCCAUCCUCACUCGGCUGGAGGUCCAGAGUGCUGGCCCGCUGCCGGCCCCCGGUGCCGGAGGCCUGCCCCUCACUGCCACCUGGCUGGCCCGGUGUGGCUUCUUCGACUCGGACAUCUUGACGGCUCUGCCGGGCAACACGAUGGACUUGCGCUUUAUUCCCGGCGCACAGGCCGAGUUACUUCGGCUUCUGGGCAAUGGCUGCCCAUGUGGAUUUUGCCUUGGUGACCUGCAGGGCUCCGCUCCACCGGGGCAAGACUCCGGCCGGGAUAGUGCGCCAGUGGGCCGGGCCCUGGCCGCGGCCCUGGCGCGAGUAGGUGCCACGCCGCCGGCCGGCCGGGUGGUGGUCAUCUGCUGUGAUCGCCGCGGGGGGAAGAUGCUUCGAGAUCGGCUCUUGUUCGCCAUUGACCAGUGCUUGCGGGUGGUUGGGCCAGCACUGGCCGUCGACGCUGGCACCAGCCCCGGCCUGCGGGCCGUCAUUUCGUGUGAUACCGGCACGGUGGUGGCCCCGCUGCUGGUGGCCGCGCUUCUGGCAGCCCCCGCCAUGGUUGAAGCCACCCCGGGUCCCGAGAUCUGCUGGCCGUCAAGCGGCCCGGCCCCGGUGUGCGUGCUAUUCGGGCACCGAUGCCCGGUCCCGGACCCUGCUGGCGGGCCGGUCGUCACGCGCGAGGCCCUGCAUGGAGCAUUGCUCCAUGUCACCGGGGCCUUCCCGGCGGCCGACAUCCCCCGGCCCCUGCUCACUCGGCUGGUUUUCUACUUCACCGGGCCGCGGCUUCACAUGCACAAGGCCCUCGACGAUGCGGCCCUCGCGCAUCGGCCUCCCCCACCGCCCCCCUGAGUGGGCUGCUCGCCACCACGCCUCCUGACCCACGACCAUCGGCCGGGGGCCAGGGGGCCAGGG